UCCCGUGCCUUCCCUUCCUGUUUCCUCCCUACUCCUCCCACUAAUCUUCUUCAUGACUUUCUUCUCUCCUAUAGUUAUUACAGCCAGCGGCAGCAUAUGCGCCGUCAUUCCUCUGGAGACUCCGAUUAGUCUUGUUCUGCAUGCAUUCCUAUAUAUCUUCCAUUAUAUUUGUUUACACAUUUAUCAUAAAUGA